GUGAGAGAGCGCCGAGACCGCAACGUGCACACACCUACCUGCUCCGCAGUCUCUCCGGCCAGAUCGAUGUGUCACGUGAAUCGUACGAAGGCUCUCUCAUGUGAUCCCUUCGGUACUCCGUAAAUAAUUCUUGUGCGGCCCCAACCGUCGCGAGCUCGUUCGCUACUUUUUCGGAGGAAUCGUGAGAUUCGUCAGACAGGAGAAAAAAGAAAAAGGAGAAUGGGCGCGUCCGUGUUACCCGUGUUAGCCUUCACGAUCAUCUGGGGUAUCGUGCUGUUCCUCGGAGUAGCUCUACCGCUCUUCGUCCCGAAGGGGCCAAAUCGUGGAAUACUACAAGUUCUACUGGUAUUAACGGGCUUUACGUGUUGGCUAUUCUGGCUAUGUUGCUAUAUGGCACAGAUGAAUCCACUGAUUGGGCCCAAGUUAGAUAAUGUAACUAUACUAGUUAUGGCCCGAGAAUGGGGUAAUCCUAUCCCCGAUUAAUAAGCAUUCCACGGUUCACGAAAUUCUUGAUUUCAAGUAUAUACGUUCAUUCCCCGACAUUAUUUCCAAUGAAAAUGUGUAAUUAUAAAAUAAUUAUAAAAUCAUGAAGGUGAAACGAAAAAAUGCCAGUAUGUAUAAUUAAUAAUUCUUAUGAAUGGAAUGGUCAUAUAAUUCAACUGUAAUUAUAUAUCAAUAAUUUAAUUUGUAUAUAAAAUAUAUAUCGCACUUACUUAGAAAUGUGUAAGAAUUUUAAUGUAAUGAUUACUUGAAAAAUACUUGUUGGGAAAACGAGA